AUGGCCGACUCCUCUUCAUCAAGCCUCAAAGGCGGCGGAGGCGGGAGCAGGUCGCGCCGCUCGUGGACCGUGUCUGCUGCUGAUUCCGAUAUGAUGGAGAGCUCGAGUCGGAGCAAUGGCCGCUCCUCAAUGGAAUCUCUCGAAAGACCUAAAACCCAGGCCGGUGAGGCUCCGGAUUCCGCAAAGGCUGGUUCCAGCGGUUUCUCCAAGCUACUCAAGGCCCGACGCCGACGAAAGGACAAGAACAACCAGAAGCUGGGCGACGAGCCCCCAGUGCCCGGGAUCAUCACGGAACAAGAACUUCGAGAGAUCCCUUCAAAUACAUCGACCGGGGCCGCUUCGGUAGCUGCUUCGGUGACCACUUCGUCCAAUAACAGUUCCGUUCCGCAGGAGACCGAGACCAUCCAAUUAUUGACCGAUGAUUCUGAACCCGACAGGACUCCACCACUGACCUCACACAACUCACACACCGGUUUCUAUACCUCCUCUUCCCCGCUCAUCAACACCACCUCAGUAGAUGCCGCAGAUACCAACGGUACCCACGAAGAUGUCCAGUCUGCCAUCAGCGACCCAAGCCCAGCUGCAUCGGAGUCAGCGUAUAGCGACAACCCCCCGGUACCGGGUAUUCAAUCGAGUAUGACAUUGGACGUUCCAGACCCUAGCGGAAAGCGACGCAGCGUCUCACCCGGACGGCGAUUCAAGGAAGCAUUUAGCGCGACAGAUAAAAAGAACACAUCCGAGGAUACAGAUGCGUCGUCAUCGAAGUCCGGGGGUAGCAAGGGUGGGAAGGGUAUUUUUGGGGGCCGGCGGAGCAGUCUGUCUUCCAGGCGGGCGCAAGCUCAGGCCUCCCAAGAUAAUCCUCCACCCAUCCCCAGUCCUAUACGUACGGAUGUUUGGAACACAGAAAUCAAACAAGACAAGUCGCGCUCUUUGCAAGAAAGUCCGAUGCCGAAUACCCCUCCACACACCGCUAUCCCGGUCCCAGCUCCAGCUACUACUGUAACUCCUCCUACCCCAACCGAACACCGCCCACUUGGUCCCCAAAUCACAACCGAAGGUAUCACGGACUCACCUGAGUCAAUUCCUUCCCGGAGCUCCAUGUCCUCGGCCGAUGUUACCGUGAGCCCUUCUGGAAAUAUGAUAUCACAUCGCCGAGUCCGCUCUGCAUCGGCAGCUCAUGUCCCAAGCAAGUUGUCCACUUCAAUGUCAGCCGCCUUGACCCCACUGGAGGAAGCAAAAACGCCGAAGAGCGGUGCGAGUCAACAAAGCGGUUUUUUCUCGUCCAUGUUCUCGGCUGCUCAAAAUGCGGCUACCUCCUUCACUAAUACUCUCAACACCUCGCCGAGGAGCCGCAACUUUUCCCAACAACCGCCGGCCGGAAUUGACGGUACACUAAGAGAAAACGAGAAUGAAGAAUCUGGAAAAAUUACUGAAAAUUCCAUCAGCAGCGAGGAUGGGAAACCAGCUGCUGUAGAUACUCUUGGAACUGGCGACCUCAAUUUUGGUCACUUGGACAUUGGUGCACAGCCAGGCCAGGAGGUUUCAACUGCUGAUGGUGUUAUUAUCACGAAGACAGGAAGUCCGGUGGAUAGGCGCAAGAACACAGCGGUGUAUCGGCGAGAUGAGGAGGCAGCGAAGCUGGAAGACCAGCGUGCCGCACGUGCUGUGCAUAUGGCAUACGAAAGGCCUCUUGAUUCAGCGGUAUUGGGAUCGCCUGGUGAUGAUGUUAUUGAUUCGCAAUCUACCAUAUCUCUCCCAAGGGACGGCAUGAUGACUGGAGAUCACACCCCUCCGACUGGAAGUGUCAUAGAUGGUGACAUUGGCAGCGGUGGCAUUAGACGUACUGGCAGUGUGCGCAGUCGACUUGCACGUCGGCAUCGAGGCUCAUCCGGAGCCACUACUUCAUCAAUUGGGGCAAUCGGGGCCAUUGGAGCCAGUGCUAUCAAUCUAGGCCUGCCAGGUGUCAAUUCAAGUGUGCCUCGCUUGACCGGCUUCGCUGUUGCAAGCAAAAAACGUAACAGAGACUUCCACCAAUUAUUCCGCAGCGUUCCUGAGGACGACUAUUUAAUUGAGGACUACAGCUCUGCAUUGCAGCGCGAGAUCAUUCUCGCCGGUCGCAUUUACAUCUCAGAAGGUCAUAUCUGUUUCUCCAGCAACAUCCUUGGCUGGGUAACCACACUUGUCAUCAGCUUUGAUGAAGUAGUGGCCAUUGAAAAAGAAAACACGGCCAUGGUAUUCCCAAAUGCCAUCGCUAUACAGACCCUCCAUGCUCGCCAUACAUUUAGGAGUCUGCUUAGUCGUGAAUCUACCUACGAUUUGAUGGUCAAUAUCUGGAAGAUCAAUCAUCCCUCUAUUAAGAGCUCUGUGAACGGUACCCGUGUGACAAAUGGGACUGGCGACAAGACUGAAAAGGUUGGUGAAGGCGAGGCCGACAGCGGCUCUGAAAGCGAUGUGUCAGACGAAGAUGAAGUCUAUGACGAGGACGAAGAAGGCGAUCAUGCUGAGAGCUUCUUCGAGGCCGGGGCCAGUGCCAAUGCCAGUGAAACAUCAUUGCCAGUGAGGGGUGGCUUGAGCCGUCAACCUUCGGGCCUGUCUGGAAAGGGUAUUCCCGCAGCUGGGACAAAUUCCGGUGGAGAUGCUAAAAAUGGAGAUAAGUCGGCUUCCAAAGAGGCCGACUUUCCUGGUCCAACUACUCACGCCCCCACCGAAUACGCCAAUCCUGAUGGGCAAUACGAAAAGGUUAUCAAGGAUGAAAUUAUUCCAGCGCCACUUGGAAAGGUUUACUCAUUGGUCUUUGGACUCUCGUCCUCUGAAUUUAUGACCAAAUUCCUCGUGGAGAACCAGGAAUCCCGUGAACUGCAGUUUGAAGGAACAACGAAGGGACUUACCAAUGAAAGCCGGGUCCGGAAGUAUUCAUACAUCAAGCCUCUCAAUGCGCCCAUUGGCCCAAAGCAAACCAAAUGUUUCAGUACGGAGAACUUGGACUACUUGGAUUUGGAAAAAGCAGUCCUCGUCACGGUCAGCACUUUAACUCCUGAUGUUCCCAGUGGAAACAUUUUUGUUUGCAAGACAAAGUAUCUCUUCACAUGGGCCGCGGGUAAUCAGACACGAUUCCUGAUGACGAAUCUUAUUGAGUGGUCGGGCAAGAGUUGGCUGAAAGGUCCCAUUGAGAAAGGUGCCAUUGAUGGACAAACCGCCUUCGGUAAUGAGCUAGUUAAGACUCUGAAAGCCGGUGUUGUCCCCCGUGGAAGGACCGGUGGUGGCGGAGGGCGAGCAAAGGGCCGUCGCAAGAAGGGCGAUUCUGGAGCUCGCGAGGCGUCCGCAGUUGCAUCACACAAGAUCGGAGGUGAUUCCAGUGGGAACCAAACUGAGUCCUGGGGCCUCCUGGAACCAAUUCGUCCCAUUCUUGAACCUUUUACAAGCAUGUUGAAGCCUCUCUGGAGCGGCAAUCUUGCAAUCUUCCUUGUUGGCAUCUUGGUUUACCUGGCAUUCUUCCGCACUUCGUCUAAUUCGUCUCUUGGACACCAUGCCGGUCUUCCAGGGCUUAGUCUUCCUCAAAGACUAGCAGCUUAUGAUGAAAUGUGGCGGCGCGAGGAGAGCGAACUUUGGAAUUGGCUAGAGGAUCGAGUUGGCAUGGAUGGAAUGGUAUUCCCAGCCCUCCACCACAGAAUGCCCGAACCUACCCACAAGGCCCCUCGCGUGAAUGUUGCAGACGAACGCGAUCUUGUUGACCGACUUCGCGAAGAGAAAGUCUCAGAUCGAGAGAUGGAUCAUGCUAUCCGAACAACACGACAGAGGCUUGACAUCCUUGAGGAGAUGAUGAACAAUCGCAGAGCUGACCGGGUUCCACAGGAGCCUCUUCGCUCUGAAUUGUGA